AUGACGGCGAGGUUUGCGAGGGAUUUGGGGGACAAGGAGGUCGACAAGAAACUCGCCGCCCUACCCAUCUCAAUCGCCUACCCUCCCAUCCCUCGCGCUUCCUCCCCCUCCCCCUCCCCCUCCCAUUCCUUCUCCUACCUCUCCCCCGCCCACCCUCCUCCCCGCCGCCUCUCACCACCUCCACCAGUCUACGGCAAACAGCUCGACGACGUCCCCCUCACUCCCCGAUUCGUCCUCGAAGACCCCAACUCCCCAAUUUCUCCCACGCCCUCUCGCUCAUCUUACGCUCCCUCCGCCCGUCCACCUUUGAGGUCUGAACAGAGUCGGUGGUCUGAUUCGUCGAUGGGAACUGGGAGGGUGAAGGAGCACAAGACGGGCGAGUCGGCGAGGACUUUUACGACGAAGGCGGGGAAUACGCUCACGAUCCAGAGUAAGAACCCGUAUCUCGGGAGGAUCUAG